AAAAAGUGAACGUAUUUCAAUACAUCUGUAUCAAGUUCACCUGUAGACUACCUCAGCGGUAUUAUAAAAGCCUACUGUUUUUUAAACGAACAAGAAAUGACCAGAUCUUUUCCCACUGUCCAAAAAACAAAGAAGCCCAUUGACCCCCUCUGUAUAGGUAGACUAAAACAAGUGGAGUUGGUCACAGCUGAGUCGCCCUUGUAAUAUGGUCUCCUGUCGUUAUCCAUAGGCUAUGUCCCACCCUACCCCCCUCUCCCCCUCUCACUCACUCCCUCGUUGUAUUUGAACAGGUUUAUGGUAAUGAGAAGCCUCAAGGCGCAGCGCUGGUCGGAGCCAUUUUUAUCAUUUACGCCAACUGAGUGAAGGUGUCGGCGUAGUAGAGGAGUGCAUGUGUGGCUCUAGCAAGGAGACUGCGGUUUCUCACAAUUCUGCUGGAUUAGCUACUGUGGAGUGGUGAAAGCAUGGAUACACCGCAACAAAAGGGAACGACGAGACGGAAAGUUUGAAGGAAGACUGGCGCAAUUUCAUAGACUGGAUUCCCAAAGAACAGAACUGAGAAGCGAUAUGUUCGUCAUAAAGUGGGAUUUGUUGUUUGUUAUUUUCGGGUUGUGUGAACUAAUCACCUUGGCGAAUGGCUACAUUGUACAUAUCAACGAGGAUGCGGAACCGGGGACGGUCAUUUCAAGUGUGGAACAGAGUGAGACAUGCACUUUGGACCAGGUAAUAGCUCCGAAAUUCACAAAGCCCUUCAUUGAAACUGAUGAGGCGGCGGGCAUUGUAUCCGUUUCGGGUGCUUUGCAUUGUGACUUGCUCCUUUCAAACCCUUUCUCUGUGUAUACUGUUGCGGACUGUGUGAGUCCGGUCCCCGGUUUCAGGCACCUUCUAACUACUCAGUACGAUGUGCAUGUUCACGGCAGGAACUGCUUUAACAAACACAAACAUAAAACGAAAUGGGACGUUGAUGUAAUAAGUUUGUUAAAUGUCAACAGCCAUCAGCCCGAGUGCCACAAAGCUGACACUUACCUUUUCUCUGUGUGGGAUCUGUUGCCCGGCUCCAACAGAUUGCGCUGCAAUGUUACCGGGAGUUCGGAAUUUUACUUUUCUCACGGACAAUUAUUUGUUUCACGGGGCUUUUGUUUUAAACACGAAAGUUUGUUGGAGUUUGACCUGCGCUGCAACAGACACAGUAAGGUCGCUCCCGAAAGCAUGGGGAGACGGAUGCGUGAUAAUGCUUAUGACAUCUCCGUGCACUGGCGUGUGGGACAGGGCUCUUUCAGGCAGGGAUAUCUGGAGAAGCUGCUGAAAAGAGCGGCCCUGUCUGACUCUGGUAUUGUGAGCAGAAGGAAACGGAAUGUCAACAGUAGCCCACAGUUUCAGCCACCCAUGUACCAGGUGUCUGUGCCAGAAAACAAGCCAGCUGGCACUCCUGUGAUUGUUUUGAAAGCUGUGGACCGUGACGAGGGGGAGGCAGGCAGACUGGACUACUUCAUCGAGGCUCUGUUCGACAGCCGCUCCAACAAUCUUUUUGCUAUUGAUCCUGUCAGUGGAAUCGUUUCCUCAGUAGAGGUGCUGGACAGGGAGACCAAAGACACGCAUGUGUUUCGCGUGACUGCAUUGGAUCAUGGCACACCAAGGCGCACAGCAAUGGCGACACUAACCAUCACAGUGAGCGACACGAAUGACCACGACCCUGUCUUUGAGCAGCAGGAUUACAAAGAGAGUGUGCGGGAAAAUCUGGAGAUUGGCUAUGAGGUGCUGACGGUUCGUGCCACUGACGGAGACGCACCUGUCAACGGGAACAUCCUCUACCAGGUGAUCAACAGCAAUGGCACCAACGAUGUGUUUGAGAUUGACUCACGCUCAGGGGUGAUCCGUACCAAGGGCCCUGUAGACCGUGAAACCGUUGAUGCUUACAUGCUUCUGGUGGAGGCCAAUGACCAAGGUCAGGAACCAGGCCCACGCAGUGCUACCGCGACUGUACACAUUGUGGUGGAGGACGAAAACGACAACGCACCUCAGUUCAGCGAGAAGCGCUAUGUGGUGCAGGUGCCUGAGGACCUGGCGCCCAACACGGAGAUCCUCCAGGUGAUGGCCACAGACCAGGACAAAGGAAGCAACGCAAUGGUCCACUUCAGCAUCAUGAGUGGGAACACGCGAGGUCAGUUCUACAUUGACGCCCAAAGUGGUAAGAUGGACCUUGUGAGCCAGCUGGACUACGAGGCCAACAAGGAGUACACCCUCCGCAUCCGUGCGCAGGAUGGAGGUCGCCCCCCACUCUCCAACAUCAGCGGCCUGGUCACAGUGCAGGUGCUUGAUGUGAACGACAACGCACCCAUCUUCGUGAGCACCCCCUUCCAGGCCACUGUGCUGGAGAACGUUCCGGUUGGCUACUCUGUCAUCCACAUCCAGGCGGUGGACGCCGACUCUGCGGAUAACUCACGCCUGGCGUAUCGCCUGGUGGAGACCACCUCCAACUUCCCCUUCACCAUCAACAACAGCACGGGCUGGAUCGUGGUGGCAGCUGAGCUCGACCGAGAGAGUGUGGACUUCUAUAAUUUUGGCGUUGAGGCACGCGACCACGGGAUGCCCGUCAUGUCCUCCUCUGCCAGCAUCAGCAUGACCAUUCUCGACGUGAACGACAACAACCCGGAGUUCAUGCAGAAGGCCUACUACAUGCGCCUGAAUGAGGAUGCUGCUGUGGGAACAAGUGUGGUGACCGUAUCGGCCGUGGACCAGGACAUCAACAGCGUGGUAACUUACCAGAUCUCCAGUGGCAACACGCGCAAUCGUUUCUCCAUCACAAGCCAGAGUGGCGGAGGUCUCAUCACUCUAGCUUUGCCACUGGACUAUAAGCUCGAGCGGCAGUACGUGCUGAGUGUCACAGCCUCUGAUGGCACACGGUUCGACACCGCCAAGGUCUUCAUCAAUGUGACCGAUGCCAACACACACCGGCCAGUGUUUCAAAGCUCUCACUACACUGUCAACAUCAACGAGGACCGACCCGUGGCGACCACCGUAGUGGUGAUCAGCGCCACAGAUGAGGAUACUGGUGAGAAUGCAAGAAUCACCUACUUUAUGGACGACAGCAUCCCGCAGUUCAACAUCGACUCUGACACAGGUGCAGUCACGACGCAAAUGGAGCUGGACUAUGAGGACCAGUUGUCCUACACGCUCGCCAUUACAGCGCGGGACAACGGCAUUCCACAGAAGUCUGACACCACCUAUUUGGAGAUCCUGGUGAGCGACGUCAACGAUAACUCCCCGCGUUUCCUGCGAGAUCGCUACACCGGCUCAGUGAUGGAGGAUGUGCCUGUGUUUACCAGCGUGGUCCAGGUGUCUGCCACGGACCGCGACUCUGGGCUUAACGGCCGUGUGUUCUACACGUUCCAAGGUGGGGAAGAUGGUGAUGGCGACUUCAUCAUUGAGUCUACUUCUGGGAUUGUCCGCACGCUGCGACGCCUGGACCGUGAGAACAUGCCCAUUUACAACCUGCAGGCUUAUGCAGUGGACAAAGGAGUGCCAGCUCUCAAAACCCCAGUGGACAUUCAGGUGACGAUCCUGGAUGUGAACGACAACCCUCCCGUGUUCGAGAAGGACGAGUUUGACAUUCUUGUGGAGGAGAACAGCCCUAUCGGGAUGGUGGUCGCCCACAUAUCUGCCUCUGACCCCGACGAGGGGAGCAACGCUCAGAUCAUGUACCAGAUUGUAGAGGGGAACAUUCCUGAGGUGUUCCAGUUGGACAUCUUCUCUGGAGAACUCACGGCACUGAUGGACCUGGACUACGAGGUCCGCUCUGAGUAUGUGAUCGUGGUCCAGGCCACCUCCGCUCCAUUGGUGAGCCGGGCUACGGUCCACAUCAAGCUCGUUGACAAGAACGACAACGUCCCUGUCCUCAAAAACUUCCAGAUCAUCUUCAACAAUUACGUGACGGACAAGUCCAACAGCUUCCCCACAGGUGUGAUUGGCCGGAUCCCAGCCUUUGACCCAGAUGUGUCGGACCAGCUGCAUUACAGCUUUGAGGCUGGCAAUGAGCUAAACCUGGUCCUGCUCAACCAGAGCAACGGGGAGAUUCGACUGAGCCGUGACCUGGACAACAACAGGCCCCUGGAGGCUUCCAUGAGGAUCGCUGUCUCGGAUGGGGUCCAUUCAGUGUCGGCCCAGUGUCUGCUGCAGGUGACCAUCAUCACGGAUGAGAUGCUCUCCAACAGCAUCACUCUGCGCCUGGCCAACACGUCUCAGGAGCGCUUCCUGUCCCUGCUGCUGGCCCAGUUCCUGGAUGGCGUGGCACGCGUGCUCUCCGCAUCGCGUGAGGACGUGGUCGUCUUCAACGUCCAGGACGACACCGACGUCAGCGCCAGCAUCCUCAACGUCAGCCUCUCUGUGGCCGUGCCAGGUGACGGUGGUGGCGGUGGCAGCGGCGGUGGCAGGGGAGGAGGAGGGAGCGGGGUUGGGAGCAGGCGGGGCCCGGGCGUAACAGGAAGAGGAGGCCACGCCGUGGAGUUCCUGGGCUCCGAGGAGCUGCAGGAGCGCCUGUACCUAAACCGCAGCCUGCUGGCGCGCAUCUCCUCGCAGGAGGUGCUGCCGUUCGACGACAACAUCUGCCUGCGCGAGCCCUGCGAGAACUACAUGAAGUGCGUAUCCGUGCUCAAGUUCGACAGCCUGGCCCCCUUUGUGGCCUCCGACACCAUCCUGUUCCGGCCCAUCCAGCCCAUCGCUGGCCUGCGGUGCCGCUGCCCUGCAGGCUUCACCGGGGACUACUGCGAGACUGAGGUGGACCUGUGCUACUCCAAGCCCUGCGGACCCCACGGCAUCUGCCGCAGCAGAGAAGGAGGCUACACCUGCGAGUGUCUGGAUGACUACACAGGGGAGCGGUGUGAGCUGUCUUCCAGGUCUGGCCGCUGUACCCCGGGCGUAUGUAAGAACGGCGGCACGUGUGUGAACCUGCUGGUGGGCGGCUUCCGCUGCGAGUGCCUGACAGGCGGCUACGAGAAGCCCUACUGCGAGAUGACCACCCGUAACUUCCCCCCGCAGUCCUUCCUGACCUUCAAGGGCAUGCGCCAACGCUUCCACUUCACGCUGUCCCUCUCGUUUGCCACCAGAGAGCCCAAUGGCCUGCUGCUCUACAACGGACGCUUCAACGAAAAGCAUGACUUCAUCGCUUUGGAGAUCAUUAACCAGCAGAUCCAGCUGACGUUCUCUGCAGGCGAGACGAAGACGACGGUGUCGCCUUUCAUCCCCGGGGGCGUGAGUGACGGCCAGUGGCACGUGAUCCAGGUGCACUACUACAACAAGCCUAUUCUAAACCAGGCCGGCCUACCUCAGGGCCCAUCGGACCAGAAGGUUGUCGUGGUGACUGUGGAUAACUGUGACACAUCUGUGGCACUGAGAUUCGGUCACGUGAUUGGGAACUACUCCUGCUCAGCCCAAGGCAGCCAAUCAGGAUCUAAGAAAUCUUUAGACCUGACGGGUCCUCUGCUGCUGGGCGGCAUCCCCACACUGCCUGAGGACUUCCCCGUUCAGAACAGGCAGUUUGUUGGCUGCAUGAAAGAUUUGCGCAUAGACAACCGCCACAUCGACAUGGCCAGCUUCAUCGCCAACAACGGCACCCUCCCUGGCUGCUCUGCCAAGAGGCACUUCUGCAACACCAGCCCCUGCCUAAACGGAGGCACCUGCGUUAAUCUGUGGGGAUCCUACAGCUGUGACUGCCCCCUAGGCUUCGGAGGACGCAACUGCGAGAAAGUGAUGCCAAACGCUCAGCGUUUCCAGGGCAACAGCCUGUUGCUGUGGAGCAAUUUGGCGGUGUCUGUGACGUUGCCAUGGCAGCUCGAGAUCAUGUUCCGAACCCGGGAACCAAGCUCAACCCUGUUGCACCUGACAGCGGGUCAGCACCACAACCUGACUCUGCAGCUGAGGGAGGGCAGACUGCAGCUUCUGGUGCAGCGUGGUGAGGACUCUGGGCUGUCUCGUCUUGAUGAUGUCACAGUGAAUGAUGGGGACUGGCACCACGCACAGGUGGAGCUGCGGGGAGCUGCUGGGGGUGGAGCAGGACGCCACAGGGUUGUGCUGACCUUUGACCACGGCCUCUACAUGGCCAGUAUGGAGGUGGACAACAAGCUGAAGGGGGCCAAACUGAAGACACUGAGUGUGGGGGGUGUCACUGGCAACAACGGCAAAGUGUUGCAAGGAUUCCGUGGCUGCAUUCAGGGUCUGCGUAUAGGGGACAGCUCCAGCAACAUGGUGUCUAUGAGUCUGUCUCAGGCCCGUCGGUUUAACGUGGAUUCAGGCUGCAACAUGGCAGACCCCUGCCUGUCCAACCCCUGCCCACGCAACAGCUACUGUAGCGAUGACUGGGACUCAUACUCCUGCACCUGCCACACAGGUUACUAUGGCACCAACUGCACUGAUGCAUGCAUGCUGAACCCCUGCGAGCACCUAUCAGCUUGCACCAGGAAGCCAAGCUCCUCCCAUGGCUAUGUGUGCGACUGCCCCAGCAACUACUUUGGCCAGUACUGCGAGAAAAAGACCGACUUGCCAUGCCCUAGAGGUUGGUGGGGUCAUAAGACAUGUGGACCAUGUGACUGCCAAACAGACAAGGGCUUUGAUGCUGACUGCAACAAAACUAGUGGGGAAUGCCGCUGCAAGGAUAACCAUUACCGGCCUACGGGCAGUGACGUGUGUCUGUUGUGUGACUGCUACCCGGUGGGCUCCUUCUCACGCACAUGCGACCGGGAGAGCGGCCAGUGCCAGUGCAAAGCCGGGGUCAUCGGGCGACAGUGCGACCGCUGUGACAACCCCUUCGCCGAGGUCUCAGCCAAUGGCUGCGAAGUGAUCUAUGACAGCUGUCCCCAGGCCACUGAGGCCGGCAUCUGGUGGCCCAGGACCAAGUUUGGCCUCCCUGCUGCAGUGCCCUGUCCCAAGGGCUCCGUCGGCACAGCCAUUCGUCACUGUGAUGAGCACAAGGGCUGGCUGCCUCCCAACCUCUUCAACUGCACCUCCGUUACCUUCACCAAACUCAAGACGCAGGCGGACCGACUGACACGUAACUCGUCCCUGCUGGAGACUUCCGAGGUGCAGCGCACGGCCACGCAGCUGGCUAACGCCACGCGCCACACCCGCAGUUACUACGGCAGCGACGUGAAGGUGGCGUACCGGCUGAUGCAGAGCGUGCUGCUGCACGAGGGCAGCCAGCAGGGCUUCAGCCUGGCCGCCACGCAGGACGUGCACUUCAACGAGAACCUGAUGCAGGUGGGCAGUGCCAUCCUGGCGGGGGAGACGCGGCCGCACUGGGAGCUGAUCCAGCAGACUGAGGGGGGCACGGCGUCCCUGCUACGCCAGUAUGAGGAGUACACCAACACCCUUGCCCAGAACAUGAGGAAGACCUACCUCAGCCCCUUCACCAUCGUCACGCCCAACAUCGUCAUAUCCAUUGACCGGCUGGACAAGAUGAACUUCGCUGGUGCCAAACUCCCACGCUAUCAGUCCCUACGCGGACCCCGACCUCUUGACCUCGAGACAGCGGUCACACUCCCCGACUCUGUGUUCGAACCUGCUAUAGAGGGCAAAGGUCACCGGCCAGCAGACUCCCUCCCAGAGGCCAGUGGCAUCAUCAACCGGACUUCGUCCAGUCGGAGGCGGCGACACCCGGACGAGCGUGAGCAGGAUGCCAUCGCCAGUGUCAUCAUCUUUCACAGCCUGGCAGGACUGCUGCCGGAGCGCUAUGACCCAGACAAGAGGAGUCUGAGAGUUCCCAAGCGGCCCGUCAUCAACACCCCAGUGGUGAGCAUCACGGUGCAUGACAACGAGGAACUGCUGCAACACGCCCUGAACAAGCCCAUCACCGUGCAGUUCCGCCUCGUCACCACUGAGGAGCGCUCCAAACCCAUCUGUGUCUUCUGGAACCACUCCAUAGUAACGGGAGCCCCUGGGGUGAGCGGCGGCUGGUCGGCUAAAGGCUGCGACGUGGUGUUCCGGAACAGCACACACAUCAGCUGCCAGUGCUACCACAUGACCAGCUUCGCCGUGCUCAUGGACGUCUCCAGACGAGAGAACGGGGAGAUCCUGCCGGUGCAGCUGGUGACCUGGAGCACGGUGGGCGUGACCCUGGGCUUCCUGCUGCUCACCAUGCUCUUCCUGGCGUGCCUGAGGGCCAUGUACAGCAACCGCACCAGCAUCCUCAGCAACUCCGCAGCAGCCCUCUUCAUCGCGGAGCUCACCUUCAUGCUGGGCAUCAACCAGGCCGACAACCCUUUCUUGUGCACGGUGAUCGCCAUCCUGCUGCACUUCUUCUACCUGUGUGCGUUCUCCUGGCUCUUCCUGGAGGGGCUGCAUGUGUACCGCAUGCUCACGGAGCUGCGCGACAUCAACUACGGCCCCAUGCGCUUCUACUACAUGAUCGGCUGGGGCGUGCCCGCGUUCAUCACAGGGCUGGCAGUGGGGCUGGACCCAGAGGGCUACGGGAACCCAGACUUCUGCUGGCUCAGCAUCUACGACACGCUCAUCUGGAGCUUCGCAGGGCCUAUCGCUCUGGUGGUGUCUAUGAACAUCUUCCUGUAUAUCCUGGCAUCCAAAGCCUCCUGUUCCAUGCGUCACCAGAGCUUUGAGAAGAAAGAGCUGCCCGUUACGGGCUUGAGGACGGCGUGUGGCGUCCUCUGUCUGGUCACGGUGACCUGUCUGCUGGGCAUCCUCUCAGUCAACAGUGACAUGAUCAUCUUCCACUACCUGUUUGCUGGAUUCAACUGUGUGCAGGGUCCCUUCAUCUUCUUCUUCCGCAUCGUGUUCAAUAAGGAGGCGAGGGACGCCAUGAAGUACUGCUGCAGCCGUAAGAGGCCCGAUCACAUAAUCAAGUCAAAGCCCUCUUCGUAUAACUGUAACACCAGCUACAUGGACGGGCGUCUGUACCACCUGCCGUUUGGAGACUCCAGUGGCUCCCUCAACGGCACCCUCCAGAGCGGGAAGAGCCAGCAGAGCUACGUGCCUUUCGUCCUCAGAGAGGACGGUGGGGUGAAUAACAGCCAGGCUCACAUCGCGCUGAAUGACCAUAGCUCCCUCUUUCAUGAAACGAAAGAACACGUGAAUGAUGAGGACUCUGACUCGGACAGUGAUCUGUCUGAGCUGGAGGACGACCAGAGCGGCUCCUAUGCCUCCACUCACUCUUCGGACAGCGAGGACGAAGAGGGACCGUACCCCGAAGAGGAAUGCUGGGAAAACCUGGCCACCGGCUCUGCCAAACGUCCACAGGGGGAGUAUGUUGGUGAUGGUGAAGGCGGGAUGGAAAAACUGAAGGUGGAGACGCUGACCCAUCCUGACGACAGAUAUGGAGACAGAGCGGAGACUUAUGGGAAGGAGAACAUGCUUCUGUUGCUGCCCAGCAACCCUAACCCCAAUGCCCACCCACAGAGAGGCAUCUUGAAGAAGAAGCAGCUGUCCCCCAUUGCUGAAAGGAACGGCAUCAACCGCAUUCACAAUGAGCUGUCCGUCAGCGCGGCAGACCCUGCCUCCUCAAGAGGCUCCUCCUCCAGCGAGGGGAGGGGCAUCGGGGCGAAGGCUAGCGUGCCAGAGCAGCUGAACGGCGUGGCUUUGAGCAUCAAAGCGAAAACGGGGACCAUGGAUGACGACUCGUCAGGAUCAGAGGCUUUGUCAGUGCACAGUCGUACAAAGUCUCCUUUUACUUAGCCAAGUAGGGGUGCUUUUAUGUUGUUGUGAUAUCUACAUGUGUGGACUGUGGCUGUUUGGUGUAUCCAUGUUUUGUCCUCUCCUCAUGUCUCCCCUACGUGUUAACUGUGUCUCGUCUGCCUUUGACAUAGCGCUAACAUUUUAGCAUUAGCCUCCUACCUAGAACCUACCUUUUAGACCACCUUUACAACCAUUCCCUUUCAAGUUACAAAUGGGCAAAGAGCAACAUUUUUGAUUGUCGGUCAUAUUCAUCAUACCUAGCAAUAUUCCAAUUUCUGGUGGUGUAUCCACAGUGCUUACCCAAAUUUAAAUUGAGAUCAUCCUUCAAAUGAAAGCUCACGAUGAGUCAAGGGUGAGCUCCCAAAACGUAGCCCAUACUAACAGUGCUCUUUUUCCUCUCUUUUCUCUUUCCAAUAAUCAUAGAUUCUUGUUUUUUAAUUUUCUCCACUGAAGUUUGUGAUCCUUCUGAUUUGGAUAUCAGGAUCGCACUCUUCCUCUAAGCUAAUCAUUGAGGCACCUUUUCAUUUCCAUGACUGCAUCCAUAACAUCUCUCUCACAUCCAUGAUUAUAAACCAUAGCAUCUGCCAUUGUUUUGUCUCACUGUUGUGUUGGCCCUCAUUGUUAUGUCUCAUUUCUGGUGUUGACAUCUUGGUCAUAAUUCCACAUGCUUUUGUUUUGGUUUCCCCUCUCCCCUUUUGUGUUUCUCAAUCGUCUUCCUCCACCCCCAUUGUUCCCCUUUUCUCUGCUUUGUCUUGCUCCCGUUCCAUCGCCUCCCCUCCUUGUCCAACCAACAGCCACCGCAGUACAUCCAUGUGACCAGCCUGACGGAGGGGUGUGUUUUUGCAGGUCCUAGAGCCACACUUUCACAUUCUGCUUCCUGCUUCCUGAACUUCACGCCACGCCCAGUUUGUUCUGAUUGGCUGGAAGAGGAGAAGAGUGACAGGAGGGCGGGUCCGAGAAGUCCUUCUGUCUCUCUGUGUCUUAAGCUGUAUUGCAUUGAUAAAGUUUUACAUCUGGAAACCGCACCAUCACCUCUCUGUUCUAUCAGUUGAGUUCUCUGUUUGUGCCAAACCUCAUGAGCCUCUGCCCCGGACAGGACAGGGCUGCACUGAUCAGACUGAGGCUCUCUUUGGUCUCCUCAUUAUGGUUUUAUCAUAUUUUGUUUAAAUACUUGAAGCAAUGCACUUUUUUUUUUUAAAUCAUUUAAUGAUGCCCAGUUCAAUGCCAUGUUCACCCGUGAAAACAGGAAUUCACCUCCAGUUGUUGUCUUUUUAUCAUUAUUACUGAGGUUUUUUUUUAUGUCUUUGGAUGGGUUGCUUGGUUUCGACUGAACACUGCUUUCGGGGGAAGUUCCCCCGUCCAAUCUCAACCACUCACCAUUUCAGGAAGGGCCAGUUGUACAGUUUCAUUUUUUAUGUUUACGUUUUAAAAAGAAAAUACUUUGUGAAGGAAGAUGCUAAUCGGAGUGCAGAUAGCCUCAGAUGUCUGUGCUUAUUAUAACGGACUGUGAUCUAAGUAAUCCAGAGAGAGUGACAGCCACUGGAUGGGACUACUGCUGAUACCAGAAAGAUCAAACACUGAAGGACUUGCCUGUGCUGAUGUUCAAAGACACAUCUUACAGAAAGAGUGUGGAGCAUGGGGACUAAAGAUGGCCAUCCAGCUGCUACAGAAAAAGAGGAGAGGUGUUGCAUGGUCUAAGAACACUGCGUGACGUCAUGGAGAUGCUAUAAACUGCUGAAUGACUGUGGUUCCUCAUGAGGCAGAUCGCCAUGACAACACCUCCAGCUCUGGAAUUCUCUUGAAGACUGUGAACCUGCCGGCCUGCCUUGUCCACCAUUAGGCCUUUUGUUUUAUAACAUCAGUGGGAGACUUUUCAAGAAAUCUGAUGAGGGAAACCAAUAACAAGUGUGACGUGCUACAAAGGACUUUUGAUACAUAAAAGAAAACCUUUUUGUAAAAAUUGCUGGGAGAGAAUUUUAUAUGAACAUUUGGAAAUACUCCCAAUCUUUUUUUGUUUGUUUUGAAAGCAAUGGUUCUGUCUGAAAGAUUUGCCUUUUACCGUUUUGGAUCUGUGAUAACUUUCUAUUUUAUAGAUUAGAUAUGAUAUGAAGGCCACAGUGCUGUUUUGUAAAAUACGGGCAAAUGUGUGAUGUUUGUAGAAAUGUUACUGUAAAGACUUGUCAGGACAGUGUCAGAUAUUGACACUAAUACUCCCAUCCCCCACUUUAGGUUCAGAAAGAAUCCUCAUUACAAAUGUAUUCAUGUUGAUGGAAAAUAAAACUGAUUCUCACCAUAUUACUUCAUGCCAACAUAUCACAUGACUCAUGUCUGCAUAGAUUUUCAAUCAGCAUCAGUUUUGUGAAUUCUCAAAAAAAUGGAGUACUAGGUCUUCCAUAUUAAGUUAUUUUAUUUUUAUUUUUUCCAGGCUCAUUUGUCAUUUUGAGGAUGUAAAUAAUCUAUAGAUAUAAAUGGCUAGCUUUCAAAUGUUGUGUCCCAUGCACCUGGUUUUUUAAUAAGCUCUGAAGUAUAUAAUUCCUGGACCUGUAUUCAGCCUGCAACUGCACAAAUGCAUUGGUCUCUGCCUGUGUGUGAUAAAACCAGGAGUCUUAUAGAAAAACUUCACAUGAAAAUGGCUUUUGAUGCCAAUGUCACAGUCUUUGUAAAUUAUUUUGCUUCACUCUGUUCACUGAGACAAGGUGAUAAGGCUACUUAUUUUGAAUAUGCCUACAGAUAUUUGAUGUCAUUCUUGUCUAUAGUGCAGUCAAGGUACUACUGAGUCAACCCCCUAAUAUGUUUGCAAGUGCUGAUAUAAGUGACCUAUAAUGUGUGAAAGCAAUGUCAUAGUGGUCCAAACUGCCCUCUAUAUUUAUGGCUUGAUUUACCCCCUCUACUCUUUUCUUUCUGGAAUUUUCCACAUUCUGUGGCGCAUACAUUCAUGUGACGGCAGAGAAGCAUUCUGUCUCUUCAUAUUUUCCCACCUAUUGAUGUCAAAGCUUUAGUGAAACAGGGUAGACAAACAAAUGGGUUGUAUUUUUCUAUGUGAAGCCGCUUUGUAAAGGACCGCACCAAACUUGCAGUAAAUCGGACUGUUUUUAAUGC